AUGGGCGAGAUGGAUAGAAUGCGAAGUGGGGCGCCUGGACUGGAGGAGAUUCAAACAAGCAAAGAAGAUGAGAAAUUAACAAAUGGAGUUGGAGGCUUCCUCUAUCGGGAGGAUUCUCCACAACAUACCUGCAUAAAGGUACAAUAUCAAAUUCGGAUAUUCAAGCCAGAUACGAGGGUAGCGAGCCAGAACACAGCGCCAAUGGCUACUAAACAAGCUGCCACAGGCGUAUUGGAGAACCUCCCGAUCCGACUCCGCAAUUUCUUUGCCCGCUUCCCUCCACAGAUCUACUCCGCACAUGCCCUUGGAGCUACUACCAAAGCACUAGAGGGCGUUGAAGCCCCAGCUCCAGCUCCGAGUCCCUAUAACCCAUCACGUUCCGCCAAAGCCUCUAAAUUAAAUAAAUCUACCUUUUCACUAUCACAAACCUUCCUCCGCUCCGAUCCAGAACACCCAAACCCAUUUCUGCCAUAUAAAAAUCCCGAAACAGGCCGAUGGCGGGGCGCCAUGAUUUCCCUCAGACGGCAGAACGAAUUGGUCAAAUUGGCUGCGAAGUAUGGCGUUGAGGAACUAUUACCCCCCAGCCGCAAGUCGACGAUUUAUAAAGAAACUAAGGCUGUUGAAAAGGGACUAAGAAUUCGUGGUACGGGUAUUGGCCAGAAGGUCAAGGGUCACAAAUGGGAACGCACGAUAGAGACUCGUUUGGAGGAGAGAAGGAAGGCUAUGAUGGGUAUGCCGGAGAUGAUUAGGAUGUGGAAACAGCGCGGUCACGGAAGAGGGUGGAAGAAAUAUCCACGGAAGUAA